GUGUGUGUGUGUGUGUGUGUCUGUCUUUGCUAUAUUGAGGGGACCGUGACCUGACAGCACACUCAUGGUGAGGGGUCCAAAAUUUUUGUGGGGACCAAAAACCCGGUCCCCAUAAUUUUACCUCAAAUUCGGUGAUAAAACAGUUAGAAUAAUGCCCUGUCAAAUUUUCAGAGAAAUCCCCACAACAGACUUUUACCAACUUAGUGUGCUUAGGUGUGCUUAGGAGGAGUAACUCAGUACCGGCGCCUAGUGGUCGAGAGUGGUAUUGCUAGAACACACACUUGAACACACACUUGGGUCAAUGCGCAUGUGCAAACCGGCAUUUUACAUGGAGGCUAGCUAACUGGUGAAUAGCUGCUAACAGUAAGCUAAUUUUAAGAUAACUUAAUUAACUUACCUAGGUGUAUUAUAAAUGCAGUGACUAUAUCCAUAAUAGUCAGACAUAAGAUAUGUAACUCUUAAGAGCCUAAACUUUGGAAUAGUCAAACUGUAGUACAUUACCUAAUCCAGCUUUGUCUGUAUUGCAUAUCCGACAUGCUAUAGUUAUGCUAAAUAUUUAGUCAUGCUAGCUACACUAGAAGCUAACUAGCUGCUAAGCCAAGACAAACUCCUGAUUAAAAACGUCACAUAUAACAUAAAUGCUGAUAAUAGAAGUAUAAAUACCUUAUGGAGUAUGUUGCUAUCCUAUAUAAAUAACGGAAUAACUUUUAAUAGGUUGUAUUUGUGAAUAAAUAAUCAUGUUUGCAUGAAACGAAGAGAUUGGGUUGCCUUGAUAAACUAAUAGUGACAUCCCUGGCGGGCGGAGAUAGGAGUUCUGUGUAUGACGGCGUGACCGCCCUUCCCGGACGUGCUCACUGAACGUAACAAGCGCACCCUGGCUGGAACGCUGCAGGCACCGAUCCUCGGCGUUUGCGUGUCUGCACGUCGCAGAGAGGAUAUUAUUACAAGGUAAGUUAUGCUUAUACAGUGCUGAAUAUAGAUUCGUUUCGGUGCAAUAACCUAAUCUGAUGAUUUUAAUGCAGCAUGUGGUCAAAAUCAAGGUAAUGUUUUUAAAUGGUACAAGCUGACAUUUAAAUGGACAUGAGCUGGGGGGCUUAGCUCGGCUCAACACUGAAAUAGGCUAAACCUGAAUUAUGACAAUGCUUUUGCACGUUAUGAAGUUAUAAAGCAGCACGCUGUUUUACUGUCCAGAGAUAGCUACGUUUUUCUUGCGCGUUUUCUAGCCAGAGGAAGCUAGCUAAGUGGCGAACAUUCGCCUGGUAGCCGCCUACGUACUUAAUGGCGUUUAGCUGCCAAGUCUGGACUUUGACCCCGAGACUCACGCAUUUCAGCCAGUCCACACGCUCGUACGCCAGACUUCGUAUUUCUCCUGCUGAGAAUCCAAAAAUAAAUACAUGUGUAUGUCCCUAUGAAAAUAAAUAAAUAUAUAUGUCUUAUAUAUUUUCCUGUGACCUGCAUGCGUGACGUAGUGCAGCGGGUGUGUGAGCGAUGCAAGUAGGUGUGCCUCAUUUGCAGACUCACGUGGCGCAGCGGGCUGCACGUGAGUCUGCAAAUGAGGGAGACGUGCUGCAGCAAACUGCAGCCUCAGAAGUACAUGCAGUUACUGACAGUUAAGUGACUGUAAUCAGCCACGAAGUGUUUUUAUGAGCUCAGAUUGCAGCAUCCAAGUGCUACGUAUUGUGUUCACUGACGCUGCAGAGAAGCACGACGUUACUACGGCGUCUAGUUACAGAUCCGAUCUGCCUGAAUUAAAAAAAAAAAAAAGAUAUCAAUCCUUCUAUCUCCUAUUUGGAGCCGCGGAUCUGGAAUGAUAACAUUCAUUCACAUUAAUCGCGGAGUCGGGCUUCAGAAGAGUAACAGGUUCUGUUGGGCAGAAAACACUGCGUCUGUAUUGAUGAGCUGGAUCAGCUGAUUGAUCGCGGAGCGUUUUGUUCCGUUUGUGCUGUACUUUUCUCCGUGACAGAAGCUGACAUUAAGGUCUUUGACUUGAAGACGGCAGCCGAGCCGUCUUAACCGUCUCUGUCAGGGCAUUUCCGGGACAAUUACAUAUUGACUACAGUUGAAGCAGUUACAGAUAUGGUCCAUUCUUAUCUCCAGCUGCUGUCUGAUUAUAGUUCUACCUCAGUGGCAGAUUCAGGCUGUUUGAGGAGUGAAAAAAUAUAUAGGCUCAUCUACAGCAUGCAGUGCAAUAUGGCAUUGUAUGUGCAUGAAAGGAAUGGCAAAAGUCUGAAAAGUGAACACGAAGGUCAUUUAAACAAGCACCUUGCAAAUGUAAGUGCAUCAUUACUCACCUAAGUGCUCAAAUUUCAGUAGUAGCGAGUUAAUCAGUAGGUAAAUUUAACUUUUUAAUAAACUAUUUCAACCAACCACAGGAGAAUAUAUUAGUAAUGACUAAACUGUAUCCUGCAGCACAACAUUUGAUUCUCUUAACAUCUAAAAACUUUUUGCUUAACUUUUUUUUGCAUUUAAUACUUCAUUUAUUUAUAUACCUAAAAAUCAGGAGAGCUAUCUAAAUAUUAAAACUACACUGUGUUUGAUUACAGGAUUGUCAAUAGCUGAAAUGAGACGCAGAAUACCCCCCAAAACAGAUGCAAUAGAACAUGCUUCUAAGACCCUCGACAAGACAUCAGAUUUGGAAGUAAGAUAUAUCAACUCCUUUAAAGGUCGUGGAGUGUUUGCCAAGGCCCACUUCCAAAAAGGCGACUUUGUGGUGGAGUACAGAGGGGAAUUAAUCAGUUCUGAAGAAUCCGAAAGAAGAAGGAGAGUAUAUCAUGGUCGAUGUGCAGUCUUCAUGUUUGAUUUUUCCUGGCAAGAUAGAACAUGGUGUAUUGAUGCAGCUCGAGAAGAUGGCAGUCUAGGGAGACUAGUCAAUGAUGACCAUAAGCAUCCAAACUGCAGGAUGAAGAAGCUUGUGUCAAAAGGCAAGCCACACCUCUGUCUCUUUGCUCUGAGGGACAUUAAUCCUGGAGAAGAAAUUACUUAUGACUAUGGGGAAAAUGAAUGGCCUUGGAGGAAACAGGCUGGACUACAACAGAUGGACACCAAAUCUUCUGAGGCUGAGAUCUCCAGAACUGAGUCGUCUCCUCAGCCAUCUACAUCCUCCCAGAUACAGGCUGGACUACAACAGAUGGACACCAAAUCUUCUGAGGCUGAGAUCUCCAGAACUGAGUCAUCUCCUCAGACAUCUACAUCCUCCCAGAUACAGGCUGAACUACAACAGACGGACACCAAAUUCUCUGAGGCUGAGAUCUCCGGAACACAGUCGUCUCCUCAGCCAUCUACAUCCUCCCAGAUACAGGCUGGACUACAACAGAUGGACACCAAAUCUUCUGAGGCUGAGAUCUCCAGAACUGAGUCAUCUCCUCAGACAUCUACAUCCUCCCAGAUACAGGCUGGACUACAACAGAUGGACACCAAAUCUUCUGAGGCUGAGAUCUCCAGAACUGAGUCGUCUCCUCAGCCAUCUACAUCCUCCCAGAUACAGGCUGGACUACAACAGAUGGACACCAAAUCUUCUGAGGCUGAGAUCUCCAGAACUGAGUCGUCUCCUCAGCCAUCUACAUCCUCCCAGAUACAGGCUGGACUACAACAGACGGACACCAAAUCUUCUGAGGCUGAGAUCUCCAGAACUGAGUCGUCUCCUCAGCCAUCUACAUCCUCCCAGAUACAGGCUGGACUACAACAGAUGGACACCAAAUCUUCUGAGGCUGAGAUCUCCAGAACUGAGUCAUCUCCUCAGACAUCUACAUCCUCCCAGAUACAGGCUGGACUACAACAGAUGGACACCAAAUCUUCUGAGGCUGAGAUCUCCAGAACUGAGUCGUCUCCUCAGCCAUCUACAUCCUCCCAGAUACAGGCUGAACUACAACAGACGGACACCAAAUUCUCUGAGGCUGAGAUCUCCGGAACACAGUCGUCUCCUCAGCCAUCUACAUUCUCCCAGAUACAGGAUGAAGUACAACAGAUGGUCAGUGAAUCUUCUGAGCCUCCGAUCACAAGAGGAGACCACGUUUCACUCCCAAGACUGAGGAGGACUAAAAGCAUACAGAUGAACAGCCAAGUUCAUUUUGAUCCAGAUGAUCUGUUUGACCUCACCUCAGAUGACAGUGGAGAAGAGUUUAUCCCUAAGUCCUGUGAGGCAUCUUCUGAUGAUACAGACACCAGUGAAGUCAUUGAGCGAAUCAACAAGGAUCCGAGCAAGCCGAGAUUCCCUCACCUAAGUUUGACGGAUGGAAUGGAAGAAAGAUGUCCCCCAACAACAAACUUGGACAGUGACUUUUCAAAGCAGGUGCUUCUCAGGGGAAGGUCUUGUUCAACACAAGGAAAAAGCUCUGGUGGGAGGCAUAAAAAGCGACGCUUAAGUAUUGCAUCCUCUCCUACACAAACCUGUAUUGAUCACUCAUCAAAACGGAGUCAACGGAGAGACACUGGGACCCUUUCAGCAACCUCAACACUGGAUCUGGAGCCAAAACUUCCAGACAGUACCACUUCCCCACCUCCAGAAGAUGGAGUCACUGACUGUCCGCUUUCCAUACCUGCAGUCUGUAAAACAGAAAGUGGGUCAAGAGUGUACAAUAAAAAGCAAUACUGUGUGUAUUGUAAGAUUGGAGUCUUAAAAAUCGCAAGGCAUUUGGAGCGUGCUCAUCUGGAUAAGCCAGAAGUUGAACAGGCUAUGUCCUUCCCUAAAGGCUCCAAAGAAAGACGAAUGCAUUUGGAACAUUUGAGAAAUCGGGGCAACUUUUCACACAAUGUCGAUGUAUUAAAGUCUGGGGUUGGAAAUCUUGUUCCUCGGAAGCAACCAAAACAGGAUUCCCAAGCACAGAAUUACCUGCAUUGUGCAUACUGCCGAGGCUUUUUCAAAAAGAAACUCCUUUGGCAACACAUGAAGAUCUGCAAGUUCAAGCCUAGGGUGUCACAAAAACCUGGCAAAAGCCGUGUCCAGGCCCUCUGUGCAUUUGUUGUACCUCCACCACCUGGUGUCAAUGUAGAAUUUUGGAAACUCUUAAGCAACAUGGUUCAAGAUGAAGUGUGUUCUGCAGUUAAAUCUGAUGUCUGUAUCAUGGAGUAUGGUCAGCAUCUGUAUCACCGGCUUGGAUAUGAUGUUGGCAAACAUGAAUACAUUCGGCAGAAACUGAGAGAGCUGGGAAGGCUUCUUGUAUGCUCAAGAAAAACCACUCCCUUGAAGACUAUCGAAGACCACAUCAAACCUGCAAAUUUCAUGCAGGUUGUGCAAACAGUGAAGCGAGUGGCGGGCUAUGAUGAGGAAACCAGUACCUACAAGUGUCCAAGUCUUGCUCUGAAAAUUGGACACAGCCUGACAAAGAUUUCACUGCUUGUUGAAAGCCGUGCUAAUAUACAGAAUAACCACAGUGCUGCAAAGGAUGCUCGCACAUUCCGCAGAGUAUAUGAAACCAGAUGGAAUGAGUUGGUAUCAGCUGCAUCACUGAGAACACUUCAGGAGUCGAAAUGGAAUACUCCUUUGUUGCUUCCAUUCACUAAAGAUGUCCAGACUCUCCAUUCUUAUUUGGAUGUGCAACAACAACAAUUGCACAGUGAACUAUCCACAGAAACAUCUCCGCAAGUAUGGACACAGCUAGCAAAGGUCACUUUAGCGCAAGUCAUUUUGUUUAAUCGACGAAGAGCAGGGGAGGUGUCAAAAAUGCCCCUAUCUGCAUAUUUGUCUCGAAAUCCAUCAGACCCUCAGGAAGAUGUGAACUUAGCCCUCUCAGACUUAGAGAAGAAACUCUGUCAACACUUCAAAAGGGUAGAGAUAAGAGGAAAAAGGGGAAGAAAGGUUCCUGUGCUUUUGACCCCAGCGAUGCAACAGGCUUUGGAUCUGCUUGUCAGCACACGGAAGGAAUGUGGAGUUCCUCAGGAGAAUAUAUACCUGUUUGCAAGACCAUCGGCUUUUACCUGCUAUCGUGGAUCUGAUUGCCUUCGACACUUCGCCAAGGUCUGUGGUGCAAAAAGUCCUGAAAGUCUCACCUCUACAAAACUGCGCAAGCAAACGGGCACUCUGUCUCAAGUUCUUAACCUCAGUAACACUGAGCUGGAUCAGUUAGCUGUUUUUCUUGGCCAUGACAUCACAGUGCAUCGGCAGUUCUACAGACUUCCUGAGGGCACCCUCCAACUUGCUAAGAUUAGCAAGAUUCUCAUGGCUCUGGACCAGGGACGCCUAGCGGAAUUCAAAGGCCGGACCUUGGAUGACAUCAACAUUGAUCCAGAAGAGAAUGUGCACAUGGACAGCGAAGAUGAGGAAGCCUCAGACUUGCAAGAGAGUUCAGUCACAUCCGGUGGAGAAGAGAAAGAGACAGCAAUGCCAGAUGUGAGCCAUAGAGAUGCAGCACUACAGGAGAGCUCCAUGACACCUCCACAAGCUCAUCCAAGCCAGUUACCCAAAAGGGGAAGAGGUUGCAAGCCUGUCAAGAGAAGAAUGUGGGAGAAAGAGGAGAUCCGUGCUGUCGAGAAGCACAUGAUGUCCUUUAUCAAUACAUGUCGUGUUCCUGGGAAAAGUGACUGUGAAAAGUGCCUUGAACUCGAAAAAGUUGCUCUCAAAGGCAGAGACUGGUUGGGCAUAAAAUUCUACAUCAAGAAUCGAAUCACAGCUCUUAAGAACAAAGUUUAAUAUGUUCUGUUGACACCUGCUCUUUAGUUUUGGCUUUACUUUAGGCUUGAUGUAGUUGGAUGUUCUGGUACUAGUACAACAUAACAUCCCUCCUAUUAAUUUCUAGUUUUCUUCAUGUCAGUUUCUCAUUCAGAGUGCAGGUAAUACUGCAGUAAGUUGCAUUACUGUUCACUGUUUGAGGGAGUCGUCAGCAGUUUAGAGCAGUUAAAUUUUUGUAUUAAUACCAACACAAGAGCCAUAGCUAACUCUUGUUAUUGGUCAGUAGAUUUGAUGCUGAUCUCUUUAGUUUGCUUUUUUUAUUCCAACCAGCCCCAACUGCAUAUAAAUUUGACGGUCUUGGUUCAUUUAACAUUCAGAAUGGUUCAAAUUAAUUCAAAUAAAUGUUUUGAACUUCAUAAUUCA